AUGCCAGCCUCAUCAUCAUCCUCAUACAUGCAUGCUGCGGUGGCAUUCAACAAGCUGGCUGGAACCCUCUCCCUCCACUCCGACCAAACGGUAAGGUGGACUCCAUCUACUGCCUCAUCCAGUGUCACACCCUUCCAAAUCAAGUUUGCCGAUAUUGCUGGUCUGCAGACUUCCAAAGCAGGUGCUGCUACCAUUGCUCUCAUGCUUGUCCUAGCAAAUGGUGUACAAAUCUCAGGCAAACCAAAAGUGCUGCUCGUUUUCAACGCCGCACAGCAGAUCGCCAUGGAUGAUCGCGAAAAGUUCAAGAACGAGUUGGCCGCCGCAGUAGCCAAGAACCGGGCCAGUAUCGAUGGCGCCACCAGUAACUCAGCUACCCCUCCAACAUCCGCAGCUGCAGCCCCAUCCUCACCCAUGCCAACCACCGGCGCUGCAACACCAGACACGCGAGCAGCUACACCCAACCGCACCAAACGACUCCGCGCAAAAGACCUGCCCGCACCCAAAACGGACAUCGAACUCCGCAUAAGCGUCAUCAAAUCCAACCCACAGCUCCGUUCGCUCCACAAAGACAUGGUCAUCUCCGGCCACAUGUCCGAUUCCGAAUUCUGGUCCCACCCUCAACGACAGCGUCUCCUUGGUUCAGAACGUGCAAAACUCGAACAGCGUGCUGGUCGAAAUGCGCGUCUGGCCGAUCCCAAACCCACCCCGAACGAAGCCGGAGAACUGAAACUGAGCAUCACUCCGGAACUCAUCCGGGAUCUUUUCGAACAAUUCCCCAUCGUCGCUAGAGCAUACGAAGAAAACGUCCCCUCAAAAUUGGACCAAGCAACUUUUUGGUCUCGUUAUUUCCAGUCGAAACUUUAUCACAGGUUGAGGACCAGUGCGAGAUCCGCUGCUUCCGAACACAUUGUUCAAGAUGAUCCGAUCUUUGAUUCUUAUCUGGAGGAGGAGGAUGAUCGGCUGGAACCAAGGAAGCAGUUUGACCCGCACGAUAGAUUGUUGGAUUUGCAGGCGACCGAAGAGGAUCAUGGCGACACGGGCAAUCAGAAGGAUUGGACUAUGAGGGCCGGGGCCGAGAGGAGAACCUUGCCCUUGAUGAGGAGGUUUAAUGAUCAUUCCCAGUCUUUGUUGGAUUCGGCCUUGGGUGGACAGGAGGAGCACGGGGGGAGGUGGAAGAGGAGGAGGAUUGUGGGUGGCGUCGGGCAAGAGUAUCCUCCCGGUUCGGUGGAGGUGGGGGAGGAGGUGGGCAAUCCGCCGAAAGUUGGUGGGAUGAGAGGGGAUGCCGAUGGGCAAGAUGCAAACGAUUCGGUUGAUUGGAUUAAGAAUCAUUACUAUAACGAGAUUGUGAUUGAUGAUUUGAAUGAAAAGGAGAAAACGGAUGGGGUACGAUUGAAUAUGAAUGAUCUCGAAGGAUUUUUCUCUGGUACUGCAGAUCCUUCCUCCACCACCGCCACCACCGACACCACCGACACCACCGACAUCACCGACAUCACCGACAGCGAUUCAAGCUCCAACGGUGUUUCUUCAGCAACAACAAGAUCUUUCGAUCCAACGCCUACUUCUCUUAGCGAGUAUUUGAACUAUGUGGAAAAGUUCAACAACCAAGUUCAAUCCUCUUGCAUCACUCUCGGUUCCUUUCAACCGAACUCUAGCGGUACGGAAAAAUCAUUGUCUCGUAUGCUCUCCAACCUCGGCUCGCGCUCUGUCAACCGCAGGUCAGCAAGCGAUUUAAAAACACUGCCCGAAGCAGUGCAAAAGUCGUUGGUUUCGUUGCAAGCUUCGACGAGCGAGUUUUUGAGACAGUUUUGGAACUCUAUCGCUCCCGGACCUCUCGAUUUGAACGAUGAGCAAGGUGAGCGUGCCGUUUGCAACGCCAAGAAUAGCACACCGGUAUUGACGCAAGAUGAAAGAAGCAAGAGAGAAGAAAAAGAGAGAGAAGCGCAAGAGAAUAGGUCGAUCGCAGCAAGGAAAAUGGCUAUGAAUCUAGCCAAGUUCGCGGGUCGAUUGGAAACGUUGUUGACAAAUGCAAGUACCGGCUUGGAUGAGGUGUUGGAGGCCAAGGUGAAUGCGUUAUUGCAGCCCACGAGUAGGGCGGUGGAGAAGGCUGUGAGGAUUGCCAAGGUGAGAGGGUUCAUUGCGUAG